AUGCCUUCGUACUCUUAUGAUGAAGAGUCGGACGUGUGGCCAUACUUUGCGGUCACGUUGGGCUCACUGGUGCUAGUCCCCUGGACUCUCAGUGCCGUCUAUCCGGUUCUGUGUCCCCCCAAGACCCAGGCGACUCUUCCCGAGGGCGUGACUCCAUUCCGUCCCCCCCAUGCGGCGGACAUUGACUCGUUCCAGAGCAAGCAACGGCGCGGAAAGCUGCUGUCCAAGCGCAACGUGGCUCUGGUUGCGGGGUGGGCGGCUCUGAUUGGAGCGCUGGUGUUCAUUUCACAACAGGAGGUCAAGGUCAAGGCCGACACGUUUGAUCCGUACGAGAUUCUGGGCGUGUCCUUCUCGGCCACAGAGAAGCAAAUCAAGAGCCACUACAAAAAGCUGUCGGUCAAGCUGCAUCCCGACAAGAUCAAGCUGGUGGCUAACCAGACCAUGGAGCAGGUGGAGGACGCGUGGGUCCAGAUCACAAAGGCCUACAAGGCGCUGACAGACGAAGUCACCCGAAACAACUUUCUGGAGUUUGGCCAUCCUGACGGCCCCCAGCAGACCGACCACGGUAUUGCUCUGCCCAAGUGGCUCGUGGAGGGCCAGGGCUCUCCCUUGCUCAUUGGUGUCUACGCCAUUGUCGUGGGAGUCAUCCUCCCCUACACCAUUGGCAAGUGGUGGACCGGAGUCAAGUCCUACACUCGUCGUGGAAUCCACAACAAGACCGCAGCCCGGUUCUUCUCCAUCAUGGCCAAGGAGCAGCCAGACUACAUCACUCACAAGCGAAUCCUGGAGGCCGUGUCCGAGGCCGAGGAGUACCGAAUCAACUUCCCCGAGCUCACCAGCAAGCAGGUCUACGAGCUUCUAGACGACUACCUCCACAGAAAGGCUUCUUCCAAGCCCGCCGCUAUGCUGGGCGUGGCUGCUUUGGCCCCCAAGCUGCUGGAUGGCUUUGCCGACAUUGCCAUCGAGUUCAAGCCUCUGGAGGUGGUUCAGCGAAUUAUUGAGGUUCAGCGAGCCAUGGUUCAGGCCGUUUCUCUCGACCAUCUUCCUCUUGGAGAGAUGCUGCAGCUCCCUCACGUGGACUACGAGCAGGUGACCAAGAAUGCCAAGGGCUACGGUACCGGCUCCAUCCUGGGCUUCAAGGAUGCCCAAUUCAAGGAGAUUCUGGGCGUCGACAAAUCUGAUAUUACAUCGGUCAAGAACACCGCCAACGCUGUGCCCAAGAUUGAUAUUGUGGAUGCCUACUUCAAGGUGCCUGGUGAAGACGUGGUGACCCCCCAGUCUGCUGCCCAUCUUGUUCUACGAAUCCGGGUGCGGCCAUUUGGAACCAAGCGACCUCUCAACAUUGAUACCGCCAAGCUCAAGCAUGAUCUGCAUCUCGACGAGCCUAUCGAGGUGCUCAAGGAGCCCACAAUCACCAACAGCAACGCUCCUCUGCUGCCUCACACCUACGCACCCUACUUCCCUGCUCUCCAUCAGGGCAAGUGGGUUGUGUUUAUCACCUCUGACAAGGACAACAAGAUUGUCGAGGGUCCCGGCGAGAUCACCCGGCUCGACGUAUCCAACCUGAGCAAUCUCAAGCCUGGCAAGGACGUGGAGGAUGGCGUUAUCGGCACCUUCAAGAUCCAGCUCAAGAACCCCACUCCCAUGUUCCCCGGCAAGUUUUCGUACAAGGUUAACGUGCUCAACACGGCUUACUUUGGCGUCGAUGCUGUAGAGAAGCUGAACGUGGAGGUCAAGAACCCGGAGAUUCCCGCUGAUGACGACGACGAGGACGACAUUUCCGAGCCUGAGGAGGACUCCAUUGCUGGCGCUCUGGCUUCUGCCCGGGGCCAGAGCACCAAGAAGGCCGCCGUAGUGGACGACGAUGAGGAGGACUCCGAGGAGGAGGAGGAUCUUUCGGAUAUCGACACCGACACCGAGGACGAGGCUGAGGAUCCCAAGAAGAAGUAA